CCUUGAUAGACACACAACCUCCCUAGGUUUCGUUAUCGCUAGAUCUAUGAAUCACUAUGGAAACAAAGAUCUGGGAACAAGUCGUUGCAGAGAAGGGACGACAGCGAGCCCGUGUCAUCUCUGCUUUUGUCACCAAGAACCUAUCAGACAACGAGGAUCGCCAGGAUGCAUACAAGGCCAUUACCGAAGUUGAUGAUAUCAGUGCCUUGGCCGAUAAGAUUUCUAGUGGAGAGUUCACGAGUGAACAUGUAACCCUGGCUUAUAUCACACGGAAAGUCAAUCAUUGAAUCCCGUGAGAGAUCUAUGCUAACACAUCGUGUCACAGAGCCAUUGAGGCGCAUAAGAAGACAAACUGGUGAGCCUCAUCGUAGACUCUUGCCUACCAAAGUCUGACGAUUUACUAGUCUGACCGAAAUCCUCUUCGAUGAUGCUCUGGAGCAGGCCCAAGAGCUCGAUGCGUAUUAUGCCAAAGAAAACAAAACAAAAGGACCUUUGCACGGCGUUCCAAUAAGUCUGAAGGACCAGUUCAAUGUCAAAUGCUAUGACACCACUCUUGGCUACACAAGCAAGGCCUUCAAGCCAGCCAAAGAUGAUGCCGUCCUAGUGAAGAUCCUGAAGAAGCUAGGUGUGGUCAUCAUUUGCAAAACCAAUCUCCCACAGAGCAUCAUGUGGGCUGAAACCGACAAUCCUCUUUGGGGGUUGACCGAAAACCCUAUUAUUCCCGGAUACACGCCUGGAGGAUCCUCGGGUGGGGAGUCGGCGCUGAUUUACUCUCAUGGAAGUCUCGGAGGUUUCGGGUCAGACUUGGGCGGUAGCAUUCGCAUGCCAGCUUCUAUGAUGGGCCUAUAUGGUUUCAAGCCGAGCAGCUCAAGAUUGCCAUAUGGAGGCGUACCAGUCUCAACCGAUGGACAAGAGCACGUCCCAUCAUCUAUCGGUCCCUUAGCACGCUCCCUCUCGACCAUUUAUCAUCUCACAAAAGAGAUCACACUACAAGAACCCUGGAAACAAGACUGUCGUUGCGUUCCCAUCCCAUGGCGCCAGUCUGUAUAUGACAUGACCGUGAACAGCAAGCUGACAAUCGGUGUCUUGUACGACGACGGCGUUGUGAAGCCUCAUCCUAGUAUCGUAAGGGUUAUUGCGCAAGCUGCAGCUGCCCUUGCAGCUGAUGGUCAUGAGCUUGUAAUGUGGAAGCCUGACUUGCACGCUGAGUGCAUAGAGGUUAUGGACGCCUACUUCACAGUCGAUGGAGGGGAAGACAUUCGUCGCGAUGUUGAGGCAGGAGGCGAACCUUUUAUCCCCAGCGUGGAGAGACUUGUGAACAGGGGAAAGUCUAUAUCAGUGUUUGAUUAUUGGCAACUCAACAAACGGAAGCGAGAGCUCCAGCAAGCCUAUCUCGAGAAGUGGAACAACACCUUCUCUAAAAAGGGGAAGACUGUGGACGCCAUUAUAAUGCCGGCUCUACCACAUGCAGCUGUACCUCAUAACACUGUCAAAUGGGUGGGAUAUACCAAGGUCUGGAAUCUUUUGGAUUACACGGCUUUGGUUAUCCCUGGAGGAAAGGUUGAAGCUAAAGAUCUUGAUGCGUUAUGGGACCAUGAGCCGAGGAACGAGCUGGAUGAGUGGAAUACCCGCCUUUGGGAGGAUAACAUGCAAGAGAUGGUCAAGCAUCAUCUUCCUGUAGAUAUCCAGAUCGUGGGCCGGGUUUUAGAGGAGGAAAAGGUUCUGGCUGUUGGCAAGGUACUUGAUGAUCUGCUGCGUACUCGUCUACUUGAGGGAUGAGCUCUGUAAGAUACUUCAGAACCCAAGUUUUCCAAAUAGAAAUAACAAAAGUGCGAGAUUUAUUCCUGGAGACCGCCCGAAUCUUGUCUCUAAACUCAACACUAUCCUCUUCCUCCG